GUGGAAGUAUCCGAAGCAGAUUUUCAACAACUCUACAUGGAUCAACAAGCGAAACUGGAGGAGAAGAGGAGGCUGUGUGAAGCAAAGAUGAUUGAGAACUUCCCGCUAGAUGGUGGUCUUUACUGUCCAAUGAUUUGGGAUGGCGCCAUCUGCUGGCCAUAUAUUCCAGCAGGAACCCUCCAUGAAAUACCCUGUCCUUCCUACGUGCAUGGAUUUAAUACAGAAGCUUUUGCAAGCAAGCUGUGUACGAAUGACGGCACCUGGUGGUUUAAAAAAGAACUUAAUCAGACUUGGACGAACUUCUCCAUGUGUGUGACUUACUUUGUCGACCAACAGGGAGAGCCCGAAGACUUGGAGCUGAACGUGUACAGCGAUGGAUUCUUUGAGCCACAUAUAUCCACCAUCAAACUGAUUUCUAGAGUCGGCUACACCGUAUCAUUCUCUGCCUUGGUCGUUGCGUUUCUCAUGUUGGCGUUCCUGAG